AUGUCAGCAGGAGGCUUCCUCCACGUCGCCCCCUCACCAUCCCCUUCUAUCGCAACAAAUGCAUCCACCAUCACCCCGUCGCGCCUCCCGCGUCAGCGCACACACCCCCUCAAACCGGGGUCAAUGAAAGAGACGGCACUGAUCAACCACGUUGACGGGCAAAUGCUGCGCAUUAAUCGGCGGCAUGCGAAAAAGUUUAGCAGGAAUAUUGACGAGCAUACGGAUGAGAGUACUGCUGACGGCGGCGGUGGUGGUGACGGUGAUGUUAGUGGGUAUGAAGGGUUCGGAGAGGUGGUACGCGAUAUCGAGCGUGUGAUUGAUGUUGUGUGGGUUAGCGGGACGCCACCACUGCAAAUCCCAUAUCUAAUCUCCGUGGCGGGCUUGGUCAACACAUACCUGCCCGACUACCCAUUUGCACCCAAAUCGACAUUCCGUCUACUACGCAAACUCGAUUCGGUGUUUGUCAGUCUUCUGACCGGCGAAGAUGCCGAGUCCGGGUUGCCGUUGAGCGGGUUUGAGUCGAAGAGGAAUGUGGUGAGUAUGACGGAGAAGGUGAGGAUUAAGAGUAUUGCAGAGGCGUGUCGGGUUGCGGCUGUGGAGGCGAGGGAAGGUGAGGAAGAAUAUGACGAGGAGGAGGAAGACGACGAAAAUGAUGAUGAUAUGGAUAUUGAUGGGUUUGGCGAGCCGACUGGGCUGUGGGAGAUGGAGACGGCGAGGAUAUAUGAAAAGACGAUACAGUAUCUGGGAGACGAGCUGGGCCAGGGCGCAGAGCUGGUUGUUUAG